GGGAGUGAGUGCGUGAGGGGGAGGCCUCUCCUCAUGUAGGUAACCCGCCGGCUUCGCGUGAACUCGUCCCUCUUCAUUGCCCCGAACCACCACUCGCCUCAACUUCGCCCUCUCUAACUCUCUAAUCACCCACCUCGUUCUUUUAUGGUCGUGAAUCUUGCCGCGUUCGUUGCCAUUGGCCGCCCUCCCCUCUCAGUCUUCCUUUGAGGCCGCUGUUCUCCUCCUCGUUGCUGUUGGUGGUGGUGGUGGAGAAAUGGAGGCGAAGGUUUGAGGGGGAAUAACAAAGUUAGUCGCCUUAAGGAGGGAGGAGGAGGUGGUGGUUGUGUGGGGGGGGGGUGAUUACAAAGCAAACUCGCGGCUGCAUCUUCGCGCGCUUUUGCCGUGUUCGCAAAUCGAUCACAUUACGUGACCUAGUUGACAGGAUUGGGGGUGGUGGUGGUUGUUUUCUGUAAUUAAAACAUUUUUUUUUAAAACUGCGGCACAGACUUUUGUGAGGCGUUCGCGCGCGAAUUUUUUUUUUAGUAAUGUUCGCCCUCGUUUAGAAGCGCCGUUCGUGCAAAGGUUUGCGAUGUAGCCGGUGGUGGUGGUGGUGAAGGUUAAGGGGGGAAAAGACCGAGCGAAGACAAAGAGAAGAGGCGAAUCGCCUCAACAUGGCGGGGUCCGUCACCAGCGAAGAAGACGCAGCCGCGAUGAAGAUGGGAAGGCAAAGGAAGUCACCGCAUGCAGUGAUUCUUAUUGAUGACACGGAUGUGGACGAUGUCGAAAUUACCGGAGCAACUUUUAAGUAUCCAGAGGCAAGGUCCAGUGAUAGAAAUAAUGCAGACUGGGAGCUUGCAAAGAACAUUAAAGAACAUCCAUUGGUGAAAACCGAUGUUCGGAUAACUUACGUGUGCAAGCACUGCUCCUUCCAAGCGCAAGGCCUGCCAGCCUUUACGGACCAUUUAAAGAGAGCGCAUCCCACCGCGGUGCCCAAUCCGAUCUACGUGUGCCGCCAAUGCAAGUUUCGCACGCCAAGCUAUGAAGGCUUUAUGGAGCACAAUGCCGCCUCCCAUCCCUCUCGCGUCCGGACAGAAAAGGAACCUGAGGUGCCAAAGCAGACGACGGCAACAGAAGUGUGCAAGAAGGGAGAACACUCUUCUGCCAAGCGUGUUGCGGUCAAUGUACUGGCACAGAACAAAGAAAUAAGUGCGCAAUUUUUGCCGCUCGACGGUGGGAUGAUAAGUGGCAAUUCCAGCGAUGAUGAAGUUGAGAACCAUCGAGGUAAACAAGUUGGCAAAAAUGAACCUCGGAAAGCUUCUGAUGUUCCGCGUGCGUCGAACGCACUGGAGGUGACGAAUAAAUCAUCAGCCCAUAGAGCUCAUUUGGUGGAUAACAAAAUAUCUGCACCUAACUUUAAAGCGGUGAAUGACACAUCUACAGCAAACACUAGACUGAUGAAUAUGGCAACACCUACAUCUCCCGCCAAUGUAGUGAAUCACGCAGUGCUACUCAACGCUCAUGUACUGAGUAGCAAAAUUAUUGCUCAGAAUAACGUGAAUGUUGAACCUUUGAGAACCGCUAUAGGAGCAAACACAAUCCCCAUUCAGAAAGAGCUGAAGAUUCGAACUUAUCAGACAAUUGCUCCAAAACCACCUGAAGUAGAACCUGUCUUGAGCAUAAAACAUGAGUAUCAAAGACAUCCUCCACCACAAUCGUCAAAAGCCGACCCGACACUGAAUGGGGAAAAAGAACCCUUGAAAAAGAUCUCGGAUAAUUUUUCAGACGUUCACACCGCGUCCAGUGUGGAUGAGGACUUGGACAAAACCAGCUCUUUGAGUGAUGAGUGUGCACUGACCAUCUCCAUACCUUCAAACAGUAUUCCAUCCUACAACCCUGCCAUGGAUCUAAACCCUUACCUUAUUAAUUCGCUAAGGAAGUUCCCUUACCCGCUGAGGACCGAGAUCUGCUAUUUGGCGGUCGUCACGGGUCACACCGAGUUGGAGGUGGCUAUGUGGUUUAUGGCGCAGCGUCUCCUCAAUGGGAUCAGUUGGACACCCGAGGAGGUGGAAAGGAUAAAGAGAAAGAGCUUCGUCACAAACUGUUUGCGCACCACGGGAAGAGUGCAGAGCGACUCCGGUUUCACCUCUGAAAAUUCAUCCACGCAAAAUGGCAGAGAAACCGGUGAUGACAAUAGGCCGGCAACAGAAGAUAAACUAUCGAGUUCGAGCCAAACAAAAACCACCGUUGUGGUCCCAACUCCACAGCCCGUGAUCGAUACUUUAAUUGUGAACAAGAAGCGCAAAGCAGAAGAGAACUUGCCCCAAAGUGUCACCAAUGGCAAGAAAUCCAAACAUAAAACACAAGAGCAGUUAACACUUCUGCGAGAAUUAUUUAUAAAAAAUGCGUAUCCCAGCAAGCAGGAUUGCCAAGAACUCGGCAAGAAGACAAACCUGACCCCUUCGCAGGUGAUUAAAUGGUUCCAGCAUCAGCAAGCAGACUCUCAAAACUCAGUGAAUCUUCCGGUGAACAUUGCUGAUAUCAAGUUGGAGGAAUCGGAAAAUAAAACUGCCAAGGAAGCGGCCUUGCCAAAGGUUUUGAGUGAUGGUGAUGUAACACAAAGCAGAUCUGAAAAUGUGAGAACGGCAUCAACAUACCUGCGAAACUACUACAUAAACAUGUUUCCUGAUUUCACUCCACCUAAAUUCAAGGAAAAGACGGAGGUGCAGUUGGCGGUGCUGGAGUCCAGCUUUGAGCAAUGGCCGUGGCUCUUGGAGGACGAGUUGGAACGACUGCACACAGAGACAAAGUUGACUCGUCGUGAGGUCGAGGCCUGGUUCACUGAUCAGCGGCAGCAGCGCGGGAUCCCAAAGGAGAACGUUGCCGCGGCGGAGCUUGCCGAAUCUCGCCAUUUGAAAGUGGAGAGGACUGAAAAUGUUCCAGACAAUUCACUUAUGGAAAAACUCAAUCAAAGUGGACCAUUGGAACCCGACAAAGGCAGCAUCGAGGUUGUUCUUGAGAACGACAACUUGAGCGAUGACUUGGAAGAGGACGACGAUGACAAUGAUGGGUACGACCAAGAAGACAGUGAAGAUGGCAGCACGAUGCCGCUUAAAACUGUCAAACUUCCACAGGGUCAGUUGAAUAACGCACCGAUGUUGGGUAACCUCGAAGCAAGAACAGCGGAAACCACACAAGGGCAGCGACGCUUUAAGACAAAGUAUCAGUUGGAAGUCCUUUCAGCCAGCUUCUCUCUGAACCCAAAACCCAGCAAUGAAGAAGUUAAGCGCCUUGUGGAAGUAACUAACCUGAAGCAACAAGAGAUAGUGUUGUUUUUCAAAAGGAAAUUAAAGGCCAAACGAAAAAGUGAGAAACGCAAUAAAUCUUCCUCUGCAAACGGUAAAAUGACUAUGACCACAAAAAAGGACACUGAAUCCAAGAAAACGAAUGACAGUCCAGGACAUGCUAAAAAAUCCAAAAUGUCAUCUCCUCCACUCAGUACAAAGAAGACGCAAAGCCAACUUAACAUUCUCAAGUCUGUAUUUGUGCGAACGCAAUGGCCCACGAACGAAGAAUACACGCAAAUGGUGGAGAUGACAAAGCUGUCGCGAACUGUCAUUGUUGGUUGGUUUGGGGAUAUGCGCUACGGGGCCAAGCACAACCAUCUACGCUGGAUGCGUGACUUUGAGACUGUGAAAAACGACAACGGAUUAAGCAAAAGAACUACUUCGUCCGAGGAGGUAAAUAAAUCCUACAGUGACCCAUUGGAAACAACAUCGUCUUCAUCCAAGUCGUAUCUUGAUGAAAAAAUGAAUGUGGAUGAAGAAAAAGAUGAAAAAGAUCAGCAAACGGAAGAUGAGGACGAGAAAACGACAGAUUAUACGUACAAGGAAGAUUUGUAUAAUUUCAAGGAAGUAAAAGCUGCUCGACGCGGGGAGCGCGGGGAUGGGUAUGCGGCUUCCGAUGUGACGGACAACAGCGACAACUGGGGCGAGGGGAAUGUCUCGGAGGAGGAGGGGCACUCCGAUGACAAGUGCAGCAAUGUAGACUACUUGGAGGUUAAAUCGGACCAGGCCACUUGCGACGGUGGCAAAAACUGGCCGUGAGCAAAAACAAUGAUGAGAUGCAAGCGAACACGUUAAUGACUAUAGCGAGUGUCAUCGGCCGCAUACGCACAUUUGCUCGAAAGACACAGCUGUUGGCAAUUUAAGGACUUCCUGAAAAGUUAUCUCGUUUCCCCCCCGAGAGAACUGGCGUUUUUUAAACCGUUUUAUUCCAUUUAAUUUCUUUCAGUUUUUAGAAAGUACUUUAGUGGGUUUUUGGUAAAUUUUUACCGGUAUUUUUGUCCAGGCAGUGUAUGCGAUGUACAGUCCCACAAAAACCAUGGGCCAGUGUAGAUAUUGUUAACCGUAGAUAUUUUAAUCAAGGGGUGCGGCCAAAAUGAAAUGGCAAGAUUGACCUUUUUUCAUAAUGGAGCAUUACCAACUUGUAACAAAGUAAUAUUAUCCAUAAGAGGUUUUUGGGUUAGAUCGUAUAAAUAUAUGUGUCGUUAAAACCCGCCACCACCCAACACAGCCAACUAGUAACGGUUGUCACAUAAACAGAACAUGGCAAUUCGUCACUAGUACAGCAUCACCAGUGUAGGAGAGCCAAGCCACAACAUUUAUAAUCUGAGUACAACGUUUCACCAGUAAUUACAACUAGCUUCAUCAGGCGACAGCCAGAUAUGUGACAAAUUGGCACGUUCUGUUUGCGUGGCGACACAUUAUUUACGCGAUCUAACCCAAAAAUCUCUUAUGGAUGAUAUUGGUCGCGAAAGCUUACGUGUUAAACCAAAGUAAUAUUAUCUGAAAUGUUGCUUCUGGUGUAUAUGAACUGCUCUAGGGCAUCUUGGAUGGGCAAAGGCAGCGAGUUGAGUGAUUUCUACCAUUGGCACAAUGUGACUGUAAUCAGCAGUAGAUACUUCAAUAAAACGCACUGGCAAAUCAAUCAUUGCGCAACCUCAA